AUGGAGUCGCACGGGGUUGAUGAUGCCGCAUCGGCUCAGCCUCCCGCCGACGUCGAGGCCGCCGCUGCCCUGCUACCUCCCGAUGCUCCGCGUCGAUGCUUCAUCUGCCUGACCGACGAGCACGACUCGGAUCCGCCCGGCUCAUGGGUCGACCCGUGCCCUUGCACGCUCGAGGCACACCAGGACUGCAUGCUCGCCUGGGUUACCGACUGCGAGCGCUCCAGCAAGCCGCUCGUCUGCCCCGUCUGCAAGUCCACCAUCAAGCUCGAGGGACCGUGGGAUCCCGUCGUGGCCGCCACCGAUGCCGUUCAUCGUCGAUUCACCCGCCUCAGUCCCGUCGUCCUCUUCACCGGCCUCUCCCUGGGCGUUCAGUUCAGCCUGCAGAUGUACGGAGCCAUGGCCUUGUGGACCUUUGCCGGCAGGGACGCCCUCAUCCGCUUCGUGUUGGGCCCGGACAUGGUGGUCGAUGGGAGGAACGCCAGCAACGUCGGCUUCAUCAAAGAGAGAAUAUGGAGCGCUCUCGUCAUGACAAACGUGGCGCCGACUCUCUUGUUUGGCCGCCUGCUUCCAAGUCUUAGCAACAAAGUCUUCCUACCUGUCGCUUCCGUCUACGGCAUCUACCACAUGAUGCACCACGACGACUUUCUGACCUGGCCACCCUCGCCGCAGCUCGCCAUGUCUGUCUUCCCCUACAUUCGCUCCAUAUACUGGAACCUGUGGAGGGAGCUCGUGUUGCCCUAUGAGAUGAGCCUCAACGGGCAACUUGUUGGACUGCCGCCCGCAGAGGAACGACCCGAUGACCAGGUCCAGCGGGGAGCCAACGACCAGCAGCGCCAGGCCGAUGGCGGCAUCAUGACACUCCUCCAGGGCCUUCUCGAUGUGCUGCACCAGGACGAAGACGUUGGGCGAGGACGGCGUCGUGACCACGUAGAAGUCGGUCAAGAGGAUCCCGCUUUUCUCCCCGGCGACCAUGACGGCGAAAUAAUGGUGGAGCUCCAGAUUGGAGACGUCGCUGUCGACGAGGACGGUGCGCCGUUGGACCUGGGCCUCCACGCCAUCGUUGGGCCCGAGGAGGAUGACGACGGCGGCAACGGUCAAGAUGGAGCCGGAGGUGCCUUCGACGAGGACCGGAACGGGCAGGCGGACGAGGAGCUGGAGCUGGACGGGAACCUGGACCCGAAUCUGCACGAGGAUCGAGAGGAUGGACACGAGGCCCCUCCCGCACCGCCGAGACGGAUUGGUAUCGGUGCCAUCCUAUCUCAUGUUUCCAACGCCAUCGUCGGCGCCCUCGUCAUGCCUGGCAUUUCAUUCGCCAUGGGCGAGUUGCUGCGGCUGGCACUGCCCAGGAGGUGGACUGCGGCCCCUCACGGCCCCUGGAGCCAAUACGGCAUCGGCCAGCGUCCAGCUUUGCUACAGCAGCAGUGGGGUCGGAGCCUCGUCGGUGGCUGUCUCUACGUCAUGCUCAAGGACGCAGCUAGGGUCUACUCCAAAUCCCGCAGGGUGGUCGCCAUGCACAACCGACGUGUGAAGAACGUGGAUAGACGGAGGCGGGGCAGUGCUGCUCACCUUGCCUGGGCCUCUUUGCCACCACAAACGAGCAGCAACACACCUGCUCUCCUCUCCGCUCCCUUCUCGGCUCGUCUCGCCAUCGCUGCCAUGACCACUCAACACACCUCCAAGCAGCGGCUGGCGCUUGCCAUUUGCGACUUCCUCUCCACCUCGGCCUCCGACGGCACCCUCACCGCCGACGAUAAAGACUCGGUUGACGUGGCCAUCAACUGCAUUUCCGAGUCCUUCAAGGUCGAUGCUGCCGACGAGAACGCUGUGCGCGCCGCCGUAGGCUCUCAAUCCCUGCUGCAGAUUUAUUCCGUCUACGAGAAGCUCAAGGCGUCUACGCCGGCCGGAAACACAACCACCGAUGCUUCGGCUGCUGCUGCGGACCCCAGCCAAGUUGCCGAAGAGCAGAAGAAGGCUGAGGCCCUCAAGAGCAGAGGCAACGCCGCCAUGGCCCAGAAGGACUACUCGACUGCCAUCGACCUCUACACCCAGGCCCUGAGCCUGCUUCCCACCAACGCCGUCUUCCUUUCGAACCGCGCCGCCGCCCACUCGGCCGCCAAGGACCAUGUAUCUGCCCGUAUCGACGCCGAGGCCGCCGUCGCCAUCGAUCCAACCUACACCAAGGCCUGGUCCCGCCUCGGCCUCGCCCGCUUCGCCCUCGGCGACGCCAAGGGUGCCAUGGAGGCUUAUGGCAUGGGCAUCGAAUAUGAGGGCAACGGAGGCUCCGAGGCCAUGAAGAAAGGAUUCGAGACGGCGAAACGCCGCGUCGAGGAAUUGGAUCCCGACGACGGAAGCCGGUCCCGCAACCCUGCCGGAGCCAAUGCCGGUCCGGGCGGCAUGCCCGACCUUGGCAGUCUCGCCUCCAUGUUCGGCGGUGCUGGCGGUGGCGGUGGCGGCAUGCCCGACUUUGCCUCCAUCAUGAACAACCCCAUGUUCGCAAGCAUGGCGCAGAACCUCAUGGGCAACCCCGACCUAAUGAACAACCUCAUGAGCAACCCCCGCCUGCGCGAUAUGGCAAAUCAGUUUGGUGGUGCUGGCGCCGGUGGUGCUAUGCCCGAUCUCAACAGCCUCAUGGCCGACCCUAACAUUGCAGAGAUGGCACGAAGCAUGCUCGGCGGCGGCGGCGGCGGCACUGCUGGCAGCAAUAAUACCAACAAUUCCAGCAACAGCAACAACGGCAGCAACAGCAGCAACAGCAACAACGCCUCGUAG